GUGUGGGGAAAGAAUCCGAAGUGAUAUUAUUAGGCCUAAUUUGCUUUAUUCGGAACUUGGUCCGGAACAACCUAGUGAAAUUUGAAAAUCAUGCUUGAAAACCUUGAGUUUCGUGAGGUAGUGAGAGCAGCAGGGAUAGGAUUCUUCUAUCUGCUUCUCCUGAUGCUUUUCCUCCUUUAUUUUGGAGAUGACCUCCAAAAGAUAUUCUACACUUGGUUCCCUAAAUCUCAUCCUUUCCACGAUGAUGCUAAACAAAAACUUCCUCCUGAGGAACUUGUAAAUCAACAGAGAGCUGUGAGAGAGAAGAUACAGGAUGAUCAUACAUCAAAGGCUGAGGGCUUUAGUGAGAGGAUAUUGAAGCCUAGGGAGGAAGCAAAGAAAGCGGAAUUAGAAAAGGAAUUCUACCGGUUUGCAGGACCAGCAUGGAAGGGACGAGGAGAACGCACAGGGUUUGGAGACGAUGAUCCUUCGUCUGCUCACCAAGAAAUCGGACAGGCUCUUCGAAGGAGAGACCUUGAGGGGACUGGCCGGAAUGCAGCUGCAGCCAGGAAGCUCCCUGAGUCGGUGACCAAUCCAUUAAAAAGAGUCCCAGCUGAACCCCUCAAACCGAAAAUUGUCAUAACAUUGCCAGAUGAACCAGAAAUUGGAACACCAGAGUGCAUAACUAUUGCAUUGAGGGGUACGACUAGUAAUGUGAAAAGAAGACGGUUUUUAUUCACAGAAAAAGUUCAGGUUUUACUAAACUGGAUGACUAAGCUAGGAUACCACCAGAAGCUUUACACACUGGUCACGACCUACCCUCGACAGGAUCUAUCCCAGCAUGCAGCAGAAACACUACAGGAAGUUGGGAUCUAUCACGAUGUCUCAUUGGUAGUCGAAGAGAUUGAGCCUGAUGAAGAGUCAUAGGAAGCACUUUACAUCGAUUCACAUUCCAUUUAUAUGCAUUUUGCAUUACUCUUUAUGAUUCUUUGUUAUCAUUAUUGAAGAGAGAUAUUUUGUUCUAUUUCGAACAUUUAUUUUAGGUUUUAGGGAGAGUUUUAUUAUAUAGUAUACAUGUACAUAGGAAUUAUUUAUGUAAUAUUUGAUGGUCCAGAAUGGUAAUCCACGAGUUAGGACCAAUAUUGCACAAAUUGUGCAAUAUUGAAUCAUAGAUGUGUGCGAAAUUGGCUCCAGCAAAUGGAGUGCUUCAUGGAAAUCCCCAUGGACCCCACCCCCCAUCCUCAAUACGUCUCAAAGAGCCCAGUCCUUUAUGGUUAAGGCACAGGCUGUAAAAUAUUAUUGCGUGAGGACAUUGUUAUGUCAUAAUCAAUUGAUAUUGACGCAACCACGAUCAUGAGUAUGUAUGAAAAGAAUAAGAUUAUCUAUAAUGCCCUAUUACAUAUAACAAAGUUAUGCUGAUGAUAAUGCUUUUGAUUUUUGAUUGCCAAUGAAGUUUUUACUAUUCACUUGAAUUUUCUAUGGUCCUCCGUCUUCUUCAGGAGUUUACUUUACUGAAGCCAAUUAAUAUCUUAAAUGGUCAUUGUGGUGUUUGUCUCCACAUCAUUCCCAGGGGCACACAACAGAGUCAAUAACGGAGACUGAUUCAACAAAGUGCCAUUUCACUUCAACUUUGCCUCAUUCGUCUUUGUAGCCUCGUCAGUCAACUUAACUAUACAAACUCAUCCUGCUGGCUUUCGAUCUUUCUUGAACCGUGAAGAUGUGACAGAAAAUCUGCAUUGGCAUUUUGCUUAGCAGUACGAUAUUUGAUAUUUCGUACACAUAUCCUGAAAGCAAAAUGAUGCUGCAAGCACAGGAAUCCCUUUCUUCGGUCCCAAGAGAAAAGUCAAUGAUUUGGGGUCAGUCGGAAGUGUAAACUUCCUACCACAAAGAUACUAAUGGAAAACUCUCACACCGUACACAAUGGCAAGCUCUUCCUUUUCUAGUUCAGUCUCAGCCUUAGUCAAUUUUCUAGAGGCAUAAGCAAUGGGUUUGUCACCCUCUUCCGUCACAUGGGAAAUAACAGCCCCUAUCCCGUAUGGCGACACAUCCACUACCAGAGUUAACUCUUUGCUUUUAUCAAAGUAACACGGUACUUGAUUAGAGCUUAGGAUCUUCUUGACCAAGUCAAAGGCCUCUUUGCAGUUGUCCAUCCAGUCGAACACCUCCUUAUUCUUCUUCAGCUCAUGUAUAGGUUCCAAAAUAGAUGCCAAAAUUUGGAAUGAACUUCCGAUAAUAUCUUACUAGUCCUAUGAAGGACUGUUCUUCUUCUUCAACAUGCAACAGUGAAGGGUGCAACCCUUCAGCGUCUACAACGUGACCUAGGUACUCCACAGAAUUCUGAAGGAACGCACACUUGGACAGCUUGAAUCUUAGUCCUAACUGGCCAAGCCUCUUUAAAACCCUUACCAGGUUGGAGGCAUGUUCCUAGUCACGUGACCUGGUGACUACGAUGUCAUCCAGGUACCAACCAACUCCUUGCAGACCAUGUAGCAUCUUAUCGAUGCAUUCCUGGAAUAUUGCCGGGGCUGUACUCUCCCCAAAAAGUAACCUUGUAUACCUUGAUAAUCCUAGAUGUGUGUUAAUUGUAACAAAUCAUCUUGAUUUUUCCUCUAAGUCAACUUGUUGAUAAGCAUUCUUCAAAUCAAGCUUUGUAAACUUCCUCCCACCUUGCAGGCGAGCAAGAAGCUCUUCAUGUCGAGGCAUAGGGUAUUCUUUCACUUCUAACUGUGGGUUAAUGGUAACUUUGUAAUCGCCACAAAGCCUUAUUCUACCAUCCGGCUUUCUGACUGGUACAACAGGAGCAGCUUAAUCUGAAAGCUCCACUGGUUCUAGUAUCCCUUCUUUCACUAACCUAUUAUUUUCCUCAGCUACUUUGUCUUUGAGUGCAAAAGGAAUAGGCCUGGGUUUAAAGAACUUUGGUUCUACUCAUUUCUCACUUUCAAUUUGGCUUGUACCCCUUUAGCUCUCCCAACAUUAUUGUCAAGGACAUCACUGUUUGCUACUAUCUUCUCUAUUCUAUCUUGUGUUGAACUACACUGUGACACAUGGUGGACAUAUAAUAUUUCUUUCCACUGCAGACGAAUUGUCCACAACCAAUCUCUACCCAGUAAAGUUGAACCAUUAUUCUUUACAAUUAAUGGUUAUCUCUCUCUCUGACCAUGGUAGGUAGCAUCUACCUUACAAUUACCCAAUACAGGUAUCUUCUCUUCUGUAAAUGUCUUGAGUUUUACUCCACAUUUACUCUACCUUUACUUUCUGCUUGAAAUGUUUUUAAAAAACAGCUAGACUUAUGAUGGAAACACCACAGCCUGUAUCAACUUCCAUCAGUAUUUUUGUACCUUCUAUUUCAACAUUAACCAUGAUAGGUUGAACACUUUUAUCUACCUUAUGAACUCCAAUGUGAUCUUCAUCAUCACAUGUGUUUGACUCUGAACUUCCAACACCACUUGUUUCUACCUGAUCACCCUCUACCUGGCUUACCGCUACUGUUUAAAGUCACAUUUCUCUGUUUUAUUACCUGCCUGGGAGCUUCUCACACUUUGGAUUCUGACAGGGCACAAAAAUCCAGAUCGUCGGUCGCCAUUUGUGGUAUUUGUCCCCACAUCAUUCCCAGGGGCACAUGACAAAGUCACUUACGGAGACUGAAUCAACGAAGUGCCAUUUUCUUUCACUCAUUGCAAGACCUUGCAAUAUACCACAAUAUUGGCCAAGGCCUUGGGAUGAUAGAAAGACCGGAAUUAAAAGUACCUUGGGAAUGAUAAUUUACACAGUCAUCUUUAUGAGCAGUCAAUACUUGUAUACUGGCAAUUUCAUCCUCGUCAUCAAAAGACGUAUAGACUUCAAAAUAAAGAAGAUCUACUGUGACUGGUAAUUUUCACUUUGUAUAGUCCAGGUCCUGAUUGGGCUCUUUCAGCUCCAUUUGAACUUUCAUUUCAUUAGUAACCUUGACCAUACAAUUUGCCAUCUUUCUUCAAUUUACUUUUCUUUUUUUUUAAUUUGCACAGUCUAAUUUUUUUUCCAUGCAUUAUGAAUUUGUUAAAUAGUCACUCCUUUAUAGUAAAUUCUGACUUCAACAAGUCAGUACUGCUGCUAUAUAUAAUCAUGGACCUAGUCAGAGUAGUAGGUCCAUGAUAUAAUGAAAUGCAUAAUGCAGGUGAGACCUAUUUAUGAAUAUGUAAUCAAGUAGAACGGAUGUCAAAAAUAUUCAUACAGUUUGUUAAAUUUACAGUAAGUUUCAAAGGAACGUGAUGAGGCGAUUGAUUGCUGGUAAUUGUGAUUGUUAGAGUUUUGUUUUUAAUUUUGGGUGGAUCUGAUUGGUCUUGGGUUGUGUACAAUUGGGUAGUAUUAUUUGACAUCAUAUUACCAUUGGUGGUUAGGUUUUCUCACAUCAUAAAUCAUAGUCAUGAAAUAAAAUUAUGCACAUGUUGAGGAUUGUUAUUGUUACGCGAUCAAUUAUCUUAUUCUAUAACAACUCGGACACAUUUAUAUGACAGAGCAUUGAAAUAAUUUUCUAAAUUUGGUAUUAAAUGCCUUUUUCAAUUUUCA